AUGCUGGCGGCAAUUAUGCUGAAUAAGACAUUCGCGGAACAAAUUGUGGUGCUCGAGAACGACACCACGCUGAUCGCUGCGGCGUCGUCGUCGACGCUGAACGUGAACGUUGAGAAGCUUCUCGGUAGCGAUGCCGUUCCGCACAACAUCAACGGAGUCGCGCUUCUUUUUCUGCCGAUUCUUUGCCUCAUUGGGCUCAUCGGCAACUUUCUCGUGUGCGUUGCUAUCGCAAGCGAUCGACGUCUUCACAAUGUCACCAAUUAUUUUCUAUUCUCAUUAGCGCUGGCUGAUUUGUUGGUGUGCUGCAUCGUCAUGCCGCUGAGCAUUGUCGUCGAAGUUCGUCAUGGUGUUUGGACAUGGAGCGUUUCAAUGUGUCUCCUCUACGUUUACUCGGAUGUUUUCCUUUGUAGUGCAAGCAUUGUGCACAUGUCGGUUAUAUCGCUUGAUCGUUACCUUGGGAUCUCACAGCCGCUUCGAACCCGAAAUAAGAGUCGAUCGUUGAUUUUUGUGAAGAUCGCAGUUGUCUGGAUGGUUACCUUAUUGGUUUCAUGCCCAAUCGCUAUUCUUGCAAUUCAUGAUACCUCCAACAUCCUUCAAGACAACCAGUGUAUGAUCUUCAGCAGAUAUUAUAUUGUAUACGGCUCAACGAUGACAUUCCUUAUUCCAUUUUGCAUUAUGGCUGUCACCUAUGUGCGGACUACAGCGCUUCUCAAUAAGCAAGCAUCAAUACUGAGCCAGAAGGCCAAUGAUAAAUUGAACGGAAAUGGACUGCGACGGACAAUGCCACACCGAAAACUCGGAUAUGUGCGAACCAAUUCGGCAACCGUAACACUACCGUAUCAUAAUGGAAAGCCGUCGCCGAUUGGAAUUCCACCGGAUGCGAAGUGCUAUCAACACGUGAUGAAUGGAUCAUAUAGCGAUAUUAGCCGAUUGAGCACCAAUCGACCGUCGAUCAAUGGACGACGUAAGUCAUUCGACAAGGCUUCGAAAAUUGAUCGCUGGCGAUAUCGGACAUCAACGUAUCUAACAAACAUUGCGCUUAAGGUUGGACGUCGCAGCUCUCUUCAAACUGCCAGUCAGGAGUUGGCUAAUGAGCAUAAGGCAACACGCGUACUUGCUGUUGUCUUCAUCUGCUUUUUCAUCUGCUGGACACCGUUUUUUGUUGCCAACUUCAUUUUGGGAUUCUGCGGAUCGACGUGCAAUAUUCCGGCAUGGCUUGGCUCUCUAUUCUUGUGGCUUGGCUACAUUUCAAGCACCAUCAAUCCGAUCAUCUACACGGUGUUCAACAAGCGUUUCCGUCAAGCAUUCGUCCGAAUCCUUCGCUGCCAAUGCUGCCAUCCAUUGAGAGAUCCGCAGGCGCAUUAUUCGCGCAACUUCACAACUACAAUCGUACCGGACACUUUCACGUGGUCGAACAAUGAGCGCGCCACAUCAGUUAUGAUCAAGGAUGAGACUUUAGGAGGACGUGUGAUUGCCAAUCACCGCAUCAGAACAAAGAGUGCUGGAGAAAACUUCUCAAAGAAGACAUCGCUUCCAGUCCUUCCAAAAACUACAAUUCCACGUGAAACCCGUUCAACCACUGAGGAAACUACUGCGACGACCACGACCACAACCACAACUGAUGAAGAGAAUCGUCCAUUGCUUUCAAAAUCAAUCAUGCCGCAAACCACCAUUCGCAAAUCCUACACUGCCAUCACAAUUGAACCAUGCCCGGUGUCGACGUCAUUUGCCAUUGACAUUGAUGAGCCGGGACCAUCAAACUCGCAACCGUGCGUUGACUGCCGCAAAGCUGAUGAUAUGAUUUUGUCUGAUAUGACUGAUAUGACGAAUUCCACUGUUAGCACUGCCUCGAACUCGAAACACUUGACCUUGUUCAACUAUUUCGACGGAUCCAUGAAGGAAACGUUCCUUUGA